AUGAAGGCCGUAACCAAACUUUCUACCGCGGUACUGUGGGGGUCCGCUGUCGCCUAUGCUUGGGUACCCCAUUUUGAGAAGACGAAGCGUCAAGAAAGUCCAGUAUAUCACGACUGGAAUUCUACUGCACCUCCUAGUCCCUCGUACCCGGCUACCAACUACAGUUCCCUUCCUUGGUUUCCCAAUAACACACUCCCUCAGGAUGUGACUAAUGGUCUGAGCCCGUGGGGUAUGCUCGAUCAUCCUGGAUUCGGUCCAUGGGUUGAUGGACCCAUGCCUCAAGGUUGUCCCUGGGGUAUGCGACAGCAAAAUGACACAAACCCCUAUAACGAGAAGAAUGUACCCAACACUGGCAUGACUCGUUACUACGAGUGGACGAUUACCAACCAAACAAUGGCUCCUGAUGGUGUUGAACUUCCUCUCCUUGUGGUCAAUGGUCAAUUCCCAGGACCGCUCAUUGAAGCUAACUGGGGUGAUUGGAUCGAGGUCAAAAUCACAAACAAUCUCAACGAGGGUACUGCCAUGCACUGGCACGGAUUCCUCCAAAAGGGCACUCCUUGGUAUGACGGUACUCCUGGUAUUUCUCAAUGUCCCAUUGCUCCUGGAAAAUCUUUCACUUACCGCUUCCGCGCUGAACUCUAUGGUACCAGUUGGUGGCACUCUCACUGGUCAGCUCAAUAUCUUAAUGGCUUGGCUGGUCCUAUCAUUAUUCACGGACCCGUUGCCGACGAGUACGACAUCGAUCUAGGACCUGUCAUGUUGACUGAUUGGUUCCACAACAACUACUUCAACUUGCUCGAGCAGGUCUUCUUUGCUUCAGAAUUUGGACCAAUCUUCCCGCCAUUUGCCAACAACAUGCUCAUUAACGGAAAGAACAACUACGACUGCAAGAACACCAAUCUUACUUGUACUCCCAAUGCAGGCAUCUCCCAGUUCCGCUUCCAGAGCGGCAAGAAGCAUCUCUUGCGUCUGAUUAACCAUUCUGCUGAAGCGAUCGUCUUCUUCUCGAUUGAUGGAUAUCAACUCAAGGUCGUCGCCAAUGAUUUUGUCCCUGUCGAACCUUACUACACCGAUCUUGUGACUCUCGGUGUUGGUCAGCGUACCGAUAUCAUUGUAGAAGCUACAGGCAACAGCACUGAUUCAGUUUGGAUGCGCAUGACCGAAGGACCUUCAGGACUUGGACCACCUCAGGGCCAAACUGGCUGCAGCUUGAAUGAUGGCAAUGGUGUUGAGGCUCUCGCAGCCAUCUACUACGAGAACGCCGACACUAGUGUGCCUCCCACCACAGCAACCACUAUCGCCGAAUCCCGUUACUACUUCCCACUCAACUGCAACAACCAGCCCCUGAACUACACCGUUCCGAAAUAUCCUAUCCCUGUACAGGAGCCUGAUGUCGUCCUCAACUUCACCAUGUCCGCUGGAUACAACUCCACCGGUGCCUUCUUGUGGUACUUGAACAAUGAGACUUUCGUGAUCGACUACAACGAUCCUAUACUCCUUGAGGCUGGGCUUGGCAACAUUGACUUCCAAAAGGAGAGGCGUGUCUUUGACAUGGGAACCAACAAGACCGUCCGUAUAAUCAUGCAGAGUGUCGGUUUCCCUGCUUCCCACCCCAUGCACAUUCACGGUUUCAACAUGCAAGUCCUCAGUGAAGGUCUUGGAACUUGGGACGGUGUCUCCAUCACAAACCCUUCCAACCCUCAACGUCGCGAUACUCAGCUCGUCCAACCCAACGGCUACCUCGUUGUCCAGAUCGAGCUUGACAACUGGGGUCUCUGGCCUUUCCACUGUCACAUUGCUUGGCACAUCAGUGAAGGCAUGAACAUCAACUUGCUCGUUGAUACGCCUUAUGUCACCGAUGAGAUGCAGAUCCCAUAUGUCAUGGCACAGACCUGCCGUGAUUGGGCUGCAUACACCAACACGACUGUUGUCAACCAGAUUGACUCUGGUCUGUAG